CGAGUAUUCCAAAAGGAAAGUGCUGUUUCAUUUCCAUCUUCAACAAAUUCCAGUUCAACAUUCUUCUUCAUUCACCAUACAUUGCUUCUAUUAAUUAAUUAUUGGUUAUAUCAACUUAGCAUAAAUUUAUAAGAAUAUAUAAAUAAAAAUUGCCAUAAAAUGGCGGCAAGAACGGUGAAGAGACGACACGUGUCCAGUAGGUUAAGCUGCAAACUGUUCAUCGUCUUCACCGUUUCAAUCUUCUGCAUCGUCGUUUUAGUCACCGCAGGUCUCUUCAGUCUUAACUCCAAUUCUACCAAACCCUCAGUUCGAAUUUCUCGCGCUUUUUUUGACGGUCCUCCCAAAAUCGCUUUCUUGUUCCUCGUUCGCCGUAAUGUUCCUCUUGAUUUUCUCUGGGGUGCUUUCUUUCAGAAUGGUGACGUUUCGAAUUUCUCGAUUUAUGUUCAUUCAAUGCCAGGGUUUGUGUUGGAUGAGUCUACUAGCAGGUCUCACUUUUUCUAUGGUCGUCAACUCAGCAAUAGUAUUCAGGUUUUAUGGGGAGAAUCAAGUAUGAUUCAGGCUGAGAGGUUGUUAUUGUCGGCGGCGUUGGAAGACCCUGCAAAUCAAAGAUUUGUUCUUCUCUCGGAUAGCUGUGUUCCUCUGUAUAACUUUUCCUAUGUGUACAAUUAUAUCAUGGUUUCUCCAAAGAGUUUUGUGGACAGUUUUCUAGAUGCGAAAGAGGGUCGCUACACCCCAAAAAUGUCACCAAAGAUACCAAGGGAAAAAUGGCGUAAAGGGUCCCAGUGGGUCACCUUAGUUCGUAACCAUGCAGAAGUGAUUGUUGACGAUGAAGUUAUCUUCUCUGUCUUUAAAAGAUACUGUAAGAGGCGUCCACCAAUUGAUAUCAGAAAGGGAAAGCUGAAUCUUAAACUUCAGAAGCAGCACAACUGUAUUCCAGAUGAGCACUAUGUGCAGACAUUGCUUGCACUGCACGGCCUUGAAGGUGAACUUGAACGCAGAACAGUGACCUAUACUUUGUGGAACCAAUCGGCAACAAAAACAGAUAAUAAAGGCUGGCAUCCUAUUACCUUCAGCUAUGCAAAUGCUGGUCCUCGAAAGAUAAAGGAAAUAAAGGACAUCAGCCAUGUUUAUUACGAGACAGAGUACCGGACAGAAUGGUGUCACAGCAAUUCAACCUCUGUUCCAUGUUUUUUGUUUGCUAGGAAAUUCUCUCGGGGAGCAGCUAUGCGCUUGUUGAGUGAAGGAGUUAUCGACCACUUUGAACUUUCUGCAUUACUAGGCAAUGGCCUUUAAGACAUGAGACUUGUGCUUCUGUCCAAACCACUCUUUAGCCGUAAACUGAUAUCUUACUGACUUACUUAGAGACAUAUACUUCCAAAGUUCCAACAUCAAAUGGAAUCACUUCAUGUUAUACACAGCAUACUCGACACAAAUUUUGAAGGCAAGUUUGUAGCUUUGGUUGAAAUACUAAAGCUGUGUAACAAGCUGAUAGGACCAUUUUAUAUAUAGCUCAGUUAGAGGUUUUGUACAUGAAACCAUAAUUGUAACAGUGAUCAGUCACACAGCGGGAUGCUAUUAGUAAAAAGAUAAGCAUUUGUUAGAAUAUCUGGAAAUUUUAUAUUUUAA